AUGCCGCCCGCGAAGAAGGGAGCAAAGUCCACCAAAUUCCCAGUGGCCCGCAUCAAGAAGAUCAUGCAGAAAGACGAGGACGUCGGAAAAGUAGCCCAAGCAACACCCGUAGUAAUCUCAAAGGCCCUUGAGCUCUUCCUCCAAAUGGUUGUCUCCGAAUCCGCCAAAGUGACCCAAUCACGCGGGAGCAAGAAGAUCGAGGCCUACCACCUGAAACACGCGAUCGAAACGACCGACAUGCUCGACUUCCUCAAAGACCUCGUCGAGAACGUGCCGGACCCCUCAGCCGGCGGCACCGUCUCGCUCGACGGCGAAGACGGCAAGCCCAAGCGCGGGCGCAAGAAGGCCGCCGCGGCCGUGGACAGCGACGGCGAGGUCAUCCCGAAGCCGAAGAAGCCGCGGAAGAAGCGCGUCAAGAAGGAUGCGGCGGCGCAGCAGGAGCAGGAGCAGGCGCAGGAGGAGGAGGACCAUGAUCAUGAUCAUGAUAUGGCUGAGCCCGCUAGCAGGAGCGCGCCGGAGGAGGAGAAUUGGGACGAUGAUGAUGAUUGA